AUCAUCUUGUUCUUAAGAGGCUGCAAAGAGUUGGGACUUAAAGAAUCUCAGCUUUUUGAUCCUGGUGAUCUGCAGGACACGUCCAACAGAGUAACCAUCAAGAACGCUGACUAUAGUAGGAAGCUGAAAAAUGUAUUAGUCACCAUUUAUUGGCUAGGGAAAGCGGCAAACAGCUGCACAACGUAUAGUGGAUCAACCCUGAACCUGAAGGAAUUUGAAGGUUUACUGGCGCAAAUGAGAAAGGAAACGGAGGAUAUUGAGAGCCCAAAGCGCAGCAUUCGUGACAGCGGCUACAUAGACUGCUGGGACUCUGAACGCAGCGAUUCCCUCUCCCCACCUCGCCACGGCAGAGAUGAUUCCUUUGACAGCCUGGACUCCUUUGGCUCCCGCUCGCAGCAGACACCAUCUCCAGAUGUAGUGCUCAGAGGGAGCAGCGAUGGGAGAGGAAGUGACUCAGAAACUGACCUGCCACACAGAAAGAUGCCAGAUGUGAAAAAAGAUGAUAUGUUGGCGAGGCGGACCUCACACGGUGAACCUAAAUCAGCUGUGCCUUUUAACCAGUACCUCCCCAACAAGAGUAAUCAGACUUUCUAUGUACCCGCCCCACUUCGGAAAAAGAAAGCUGAACGAGAAGAGUACCGAAAAAGCUGGAGCACGGCUACUUCACCGCUAGGAGACAGACCUUUCAGAUUCGGCCCCAGAACUGCUGUGUCUGAUGACGCAGAGAGUAUGAGCAUGUUUGACAUGAGAUGCGAAGAAGAAGCCGUGACUCAGCCUCACAGCAAAGCUCGCCAUGAGAAACUGCAGAACAUCCACAACCAGCUGAAAGAGGAUGAGACCAGAUGGCAAGAUGACCUGGCUCGGUGGAAGAGUCGUCGAAGGAGCGCUUCACAAGAUUUAAUAAAAAAAGAGGCUGAGAGAAAGAAAAUGGAAAGGUUAUUGUCUGGAGACGGAACAAACGAGCGCAGAAAAAGCAUCAAAACCUAUCGAGAAAUUGUGGAAGAGAAAGAGAGAAGAGAGCGGGAGCUUCAUGAGGCAUACAAGAAUGCAAAGUCACAGGAGGAGGCUGAGAGCAUCCUCCAGCAAUACAUCGAAAGAUUCACUAUCAGUGAAGCUGUCCUUGAGCGUUUGCAGAUGCCAAAAAUCCUGGAAAGAAGCCAUUCAGUGGAGUCAAAUUCCCCACUGAAAGACCCAAAUCCUCUGAGAUACUUAAGGCAACAGUCACUGCCUGCUCCAAAAUUCACUGCCACCAUUGAAGCAACCAUUGUUCCCACUGCUGAAUUAGAGCCCAGCAGUUCGACGGGCCGUACGUCUCCCAGCAAAAGUGUUGUCUCCAAGGCUGUGCCUAUGCUGACACCCAAGCCUUACUCCCAGCCCAAAAACACACAGGAGGUUUUAAAGAACUUUAAGGUAGAUGGAAAAGUCAGCAUGAAUGGAGAGAAUUUCAACGGCGUGGAAGAGAAGGAUAAAGAAUGUACAACAGUAAUAUUUACUCCUUCGCCGAGCAGAUCUCUGAAAUUUGACGGAGUAGCCAGAGGGGACAGGCCCCCAGUAGAGUUGAAGAAGGACCCCACAAGUGUUGAGCUCAGUUUACAGAGGCCUGCCACUCAGAGUGUGCACAAAGAGCCAACA